AUGGAAGUAUACAUUGACGACAUGGUGGUAAAGAGCAAAAAGGAAUCGCAACAUACGGAAGACCUCCGGGGAGUAUUUGAGAUACUCCGGCAGCAUAAGUUGCGCUUGAACACCGAGAAGUGUACUUUCGGUGUGAGGGUUGACAAGUUCUUGGGUUAUCUGAUUUCUACUAGGGGGAUAGAGGCCAAUCACGACCAGAUAGAGGCCGUGAAUCGCCUCAGACCGCCAAGCAAUCCCAAGGAAGUACAAGUGCUAACCAAGAUGUUGGCCACCCUAAACCGAUUCAUCUCUAAAUUCGCUGAUCGCUGCAGACCUUUUUAUCAAGUUCUAAAGAAGUGGAAGGGGUUUCAUUGGGACAAGGAGUGUGACAAGGCUUUUCGAGAACUGAAGGAAUACUUGGCAAAAGCGCCCAUAUUAACGGCCCCGGAAUUCGGGGAGGAUUUGUUUAUGUACCUCUCGGUGUCCGGCCAUGCUGUAAGUGCUGUGUUACUAAGGGACCAAGGAGUACAGCAGCCAGUGUAUUACAUAAGCAAAACCUUAGUAUACGCCGAGACGAGAUACCUGCCCCUGGAGAAGUUAGUUUUGGCGCUAGUGCACGCCACGAGGAAGUUGCCGCAUUACUUUCAGGCUCAUACGGUAUUCGUCCUCACCGAGUAUCCCCUGCAGUCAUUGUUAAAAAGAUCGGACUUCACGGACCAAAUAGCCAAAUGGGGAACUCAGUUGGGUUCAUUCGACAUAAGAAUGUCGUCCGUGGAAAGUGUUUGUAGAUGGCGCUUCGAAUGCUAUGGGGGCCAUAUUGUCAUAAUCACCCCGGAGGGCAUACGACUAGAACACUCCUUCAGAUUAGGAUUCAAAGCCUCAAACAACGAAGCUGAGUACGAAACCUUUCUGGCCGGGUUGAGGGCAGUAUUGCAUCUGGGCGCGAAAGAUGUUGAGAUUUAUUCGAACUCUCGGCUGGUCGUUUAUCAAAUCAUAGGAAGUUUUGAAGCUCGGGACUCUCGGAUGAAAGCCUAUCUAAGUGCAGCGAAGCAGAUCAUUGGCCGGUUCGAGACAGUAAAGGUGGCCCGGGUAAGCCGAGCACAAAACAGACAUGCUGACUCGCUAGCCACGUUGGCUUCAUCCUCUACCGAGGAUACACCUCGGUUAGUCAAAAUAGAGCUUAUAAGGGAGCCAAGCAUCAAGGUGAAAAGUGAUGAUGACCAAGCCAGGGUUGAGGUUGCCAUGGCGUCAUUGGCAAAUCCGUGCUGGAUGAACCCGAUCAUAGAUUUCCUAGCCGAGGAUAAAGUUCCGGACGAUGAAAAGGAGGUCAAAAAGAUACGUCAAGUGGCUCCCCGGUACUGGCUGUCGGCAGAUCGCAAAUUGUACCGAAGGUCUUUCGCAGGCCCUUACCUUUUAUGCCUACAUCCUGAGAAAGUGAACGAACUUCUAACCGAGCUGCAUGACGGAGUGUGUGGUGGCCAUGUCAGGGGACGGUCUUUAGCGCAUAGGGCGAUGACCCAGGGGUUUUGGUGGCCACAAAUGCAAAAGGAUGCCGCGGAAUAUGUCCGGAGGUGUGAACAAUGCCAAAAGCACACCCCUCUGAUCUACCAGCCAUCAGGUCGUCUAAACCCCGUCAGCAGCCCAUGGCCGUUCGCACAAUGGGGGCUAGACAUCCUCGGCCCUUUCCCCGAGCAACAGUGGGCGGAAAUCGAGGCCUUAGCCAACAUUCGGGAUAUCGACGUGAAAAGGUUUGUAUGGAAAAACAUAGUCACAAGGUUUGGGGUACCAAACUCACUAGUAUCAGACAAUGGGCUACAGUUCGAUAGCAAAGCUUUUCGGGCCUUCUACAACGAUCUCGACAUUAAGAACAAGUAUUCAACUCCGGCAUACCCUCAAAGCAAUGGCCAAGCUAAGGCAGUGAACAAGACGAUUUUGAAUGGGUUGAAGAGGAGGUUGGACGGGGCAAAGGGAAGAUGGGUUGAAGAGUUGCCUAACGUUUUAUGGGCUUACCGUACGACUCCCAGAAGAUCCACGGGUGAGACCCCCUUCUCUUUGACAUAUGGGGCGGAGGCCGUAAUACCAAUCGAGGUAAGCUUGUGCAGUGUACGGGUCGCAGGAUUUAACCUCGCCCGGAACGCCGACCUGAUGAUGGAGCGCUUGGACUGGUUAGAAGAAUGCCGGGAGGCCGCAACCAUACGGCUCGCGGAGUAUCAACAGAAACUAGCCCAGAGAUACAAUCGAGAUGUAAAGGGGAGGGAAUUCAGCACUGGGGAACUAGUGCUAAGGAAGGUCGUGGGGAACAUGUGA